ACGAGCGAGUCUCUCCCACCAACAGGAACAGGCACAAGCAACGGCCGGAACGACAAUACCCCUCUUCUGUCCCAAGAGGAGCAGUUUUCCGCUUCUUCUUCGAUUCUUCGAUUUCCCCGACCGCAGGGAAGCCAGGAGCUUGCCAACUGGAUUUCCAACAGCUCUCCCGAUAUCAUGCAACCCUCAAACAUGUCGGACACGAGCAGUCUGGCCGACUCGGCCUACGAAGUCAUCCAAGUGACCGACAACGAGAGCCAAUACGGCGGCCUGACUGAGUCCACCUGUUCUCUCUCUGCCCCCCGGCCCGACGACGUACACAGCUUGGACGGGUCCCAAGACCAUUACAACACCGAUUCCGAAGAAGAGUCCGACCACUCUUCGCACGCAUCAUCUAUCAGAUACGCCGACCAAACCCUACAGAACCCAUCGACACAGCUCUCGGCUACUCGCAACUUGGAAUACGGCCCAUCUACCGGAGGCUCUGGCGUCGUCGUUCGCUCCAUCGAGUGUCAGGAAACGGCCAGUGCUCUUCUCUCCGGCCAGAUCUCGGCCAAGCAUGUCAUUCGCGAGUUCGGCGAGGAUGAGUCUUCGGCCAUUUCACGAAACCUCGGUCUUCCAAACCGUUCCAAGCACUUGGUUGCCUCAAUCCGUCAGACCCUAUCUCCAUCAUAUCUUGCCAUGAACGAACCCUUCAGGGUUCUUUACGUGGGACAAGCGGAUACUCAAAGGACUAUUGUACUCAAGAUCUGCGACGCGAUCUGGGUCUCACCAAAGGACGGUUCCCAUGAACAAGACUAUUUCAACCGACACCGCGAAGGACUGUACAACAUCGUGCCCAUCUCGUCAUUCGGUCCUACCCCUGAGCUCGACCUGAUGGAAACAUCUCGGUACCAGAUCAGAGUGGAACACUGCACCUCCGCUGAAGCGUCGUUUGAGGAGGGCCAGCCUGAUAUCGUCUAUUCCAUCACCCUUGAUCAGGAGAGGUCCCAUCGAUCCUGCUUCUCCCCGAGCCACGACCCCGUCGUCCAUCCGAAAUGGAACCUGCCUCACAUUGCGGUGUUCUAUCUCUCCGAAAUAGACGACGCUGACGCUGAGCGGACGAGAGAUAUUACAUGCGACUUCAUGGAGCGCCAUGGUGUGCCAUGCUUGUUCAUUGCCGACCGACAGGACUUAGACCAUCCCUGUUGGCAAGACUACGUCGACCAGCACGCAAUCCACCUGUGCUUGGAGUCCAGGGAUCCAGAAAUGCCAAUGCAGCCUCGGCUCUUCCCAAUUGACUUGGCCUCGUUUGAGGAUAUUGACGCCCGGCAGAUGAACCGCAAUUUGGCUUUCCUGACCGGCAUGUCGGAAGCCGAGGACACGGCCUUCAAUCAAUGCGCCGUGUCUACCAAGCCAUUGUCGAUGCUGGAUUCAGCCCUGAGCAGCGUGAGACGAGCGUGGCCAUUACGGACCGAGCCCCAUUUCUCGGAACUAUCGAUCUCGUCGGUUCUUCACAAGCUCAUGGUCAUGAUCAUCCCCCUCGUCCUUCUUGCUCUGGUCAGGUGGCUGCAACCGGAGAGCUCGCACCACAUGCACCCAUCCUCCUCCACGGGCGUCUGUGUUUCCAUGCAGACCCAUUCCGUGGUUUUCACAACCAGCAAGAGCUCGUCGGUGGCGACAUCUACCAAAACGGUGGUGAUCAAUGUCACCUCCACCAAGACCGUCGAGGUUAGUCGGGCGAAGCCAUCAACUAGUACUUUGGCUUCUGUUUUGUCCUUUGCCGGGUUCCUUCCUGAGAAGCCAUCGAUUGUCCCCGCCGACAUCGAGCCCAAGAAGCCCGCCAACUCGUCGAAGAAGACGGUUUGCUCAGUCCGGGUUUACAGUCCGACCGAAUUUUUGGUGGCGGUUCCAACUCGGAAUAAGGUAGUGUGGCUUGCACAAGGGGCAAUCGACAUCGCGGUCCGCCGGGACGAAGAGACCAUCAAGUCAAAGAUCUCGUCUGUGGACGAAGGAGUGCUCGUCGAGCUUGAUCGGAAGGACGCCCACGGUGUGCUGAACGUCUCUGUGGUCACGAGCCGCAGGCCAAAGAUCAACGAGACUUUCCAGGUUGAUUUCGGCAAGUCGGCAGUCGUCGAGGCCUUAGACGCUGGCCUGCAUAUGCUGCAGGAUGCUCUCAGAAAAGUGCCGUGGACUGACGACGCACGCCAAGUCUUUGAGCACUCUCGAAGCUUACCCCAUGAUGUCGUGUCUGCCCUCGAGCGUGCAUCGGAAGCGGUUCGGGAACGUGCGACUGGCACAAUGAAGCGGGCCUCGGAUAUUAUCCGGGAGCAUCUUGCUCGCCAGCUCAAAUCAGCCGAAGCAAUGCGCAAGGAGGCGGAUCUCUCGGUGCUGCAGGCUCAAGUUGCGUCCAAGCUGUGGUGGUUCAAGAUGCAAGGAAAGAUGGAGGAGUACGCCGAAUAUCAGCGGAACGCGUCCCGGUUCAUCAAGAACAAGCACGACGAGCUUGUUAAUGCCCGAAAAGGCAAGGAGAAGACUUAUUCCAAGAAGGCAAGGCUGUUCCACGGGUUCCGGAGCGGGGCAUAUGUUCCCUGGAAGGAGGACUGUGAUAGACGUGGCGAGGCCGUGAAGGACUCGGGCUCGCGUGAAGGUGGGCGGGGUACGAGAUGGAGGAAGUUUAUGAGGGGGAUGUAACAUCUGCUGUUCUUGUUUUCUUUUACCUCUGAUUUGCUCUUUUCUGCUUUGCUGGGUUGGUUUUACGGGAGGUACACGGAUUUGGGGGAAGAGGAAUACCUGCGCAUCAAAGCUGCCCAGACUCAGUGGGUAUAUGGACUGGAGUUUUCGUCUAGGUUUUUGCUUUUCACUUUUCUAGGGAUUGAGGUCAUGGCAUGGGCUAUCUUUCGUUUUUACUCCGACAUGUCCCGACAGGGAGCUCUUGUAUGUAUCGGCUGGUGCGCUGGGGUAAAGGUGAAAGGCUGCCUCUGACAGGACAAACACCAGGUCCACGGGACCCGGAAGUAGAGCG